GAUUUCUUCUCUCCAGCGAGCUCCGCAGGAGACACAGGCGCUGGCUGCUGGGUCCGCUCCCCGCCUCCGCCGCGCCCUCCUCGCCCGGGAUGGGCCCCCCCGCCGCCACCGCCGCCGGAGCCCUAGUCUCCCGGCCGCCGCCUCGGUCGCCGCGUUUGCCCUGAAGCCCGGUGCCCGCGCGCCCCGGCUCACCCCGCAGCUUCACUCCCCACCCCACCCCGGCCCGCGACAGACUGCGGUAGAGCUCUCAGGAUGCUGCCGCCGGUGCCCUCCCGCCUCGGACUGCUGCUGCUGCUGCUCUUGUGCCCCGCGCACGUCGGUGGACUGUGGUGGGCCGUGGGCAGCCCCCUGGUCAUGGAUCCUACCAGCAUCUGCAGGAAGGCCAGGCGGCUGGCAGGAAGGCAGGCUGAGCUGUGCCAGGCGGAGCCGGAAGUAGUGGCAGAGCUUGCCCGGGGCGCAAGACUGGGGGUUCGAGAAUGUCAGUUCCAGUUCCGUUUCCGACGCUGGAACUGCUCCAGUCACAGCAAGGCCUUUGGGCGAGUCCUGCAGCAGGACAUUCGAGAGACAGCUUUCGUGUUUGCAAUUACCGCAGCCGGUGCCAGCCACGCGGUCACUCAGGCCUGUUCCAUGGGAGAGCUCCUACAGUGCGGUUGUCAGGCACCCCGCGGGCGGGCACCGCCUAGGCCCUCCGGCCUUCUGGGCACUCCUGGACCUCCAGGGCCAACAGGCUCUCCAGAUGCCAGCGCAGCCUGGGAGUGGGGAGGCUGCGGAGACGAUGUGGACUUCGGGGAUGAGAAGUCAAGACUCUUUAUGGAUGCGCAGCACAAGCGGGGACGUGGAGAUAUCCGUGCACUGGUGCAACUGCACAACAACGAGGCGGGCAGGCUGGCGGUGCGGAGCCACACGCGCACCGAGUGUAAGUGCCACGGGCUUUCGGGAUCCUGCGCUCUGCGCACCUGCUGGCAGAAGCUGCCUCCGUUCCGCGAGGUGGGCGCACGGCUGCUGGAGCGCUUCCACGGCGCCUCGCGCGUCAUGGGCACCAACGACGGCAAAGCUCUGUUGCCUGCGGUCCGCACGCUCAAGCCUCCCGGCCGAGCCGAUCUCCUCUACGCUGCGGAUUCACCCGACUUCUGCGCCCCCAACCGGCGCACCGGUUCGCCCGGCACGCGUGGCCGCGCCUGCAAUAGCAGUGCCCCGGACCUCAGCGGCUGCGACCUGUUGUGCUGCGGUCGCGGACACCGCCAGGAGAGCGUACAGCUCGAGGAGAACUGCCUGUGCCGCUUUCACUGGUGCUGCGUGGUGCAGUGCCACCGCUGCCGCGUGCGCAAGGAGCUCAGCCUGUGCCUUUGACCCACCACCGCCUGCCUCGGAACGGCUUGCAGCCGCCUCUAGACAAUCUGCAGGACUACUAGAUUCCAGCAGGGGGCGCUGUCUGAGCCCAGCUGUUCCCUAGGAAAAGUACCUAUCUAGGCCUUGGGAAAUUACAGGGGCCAUCCAGGAACUUGGGCUUUACACCUGCCCACCGGGGGACCAUACCCCUACAGCAUUCCCCAGAAAGGCUCUCUGCUAGUUUCUGCAGGAGACUAAGCAGGCUCUCCCUCCCCUUGGCCUCCCAGAUGGAAAUAAAAAAGCCAGGCUCUGGCUUCUGGACUCCUCAGAAUUACUGGGGUGGAUGGGUGAGUUUAGUAUCAAUAAAGACAUUUAGACCCACA